AUGACUUUGAAUGCUGUAAAGUUAUGGUCAAGCUCGUGGUUUCUUCUGCAGUUGUUUGUAGUAUCAACAUAUGCUCAACGUGGUUCAAACAUCGUUUUCAUCAUGGUUGAUGAUAUGGGAUGGAAUGACGUGUCAUUCCACGGUUCAGACCAGAUCCUCACUCCAAAUAUUGAUACACUGGCGUACCGGGGUGUUAUUCUGCAGCAGUACUACAGCGAGGCUAUUUGCACACCUGCGAGGACUGCCCUUCUCACUGGGAAAUAUCCAAUGCGAUUAGGCAUGCAGGGUUUCCCACUAUACAAUUCGGAAGACAGGGGAAUACCUUUACCAGAACGCCUUUUACCCUCCUACCUCAAAGAGCUGGGUUAUUCUACACACCUGGUGGGCAAAUGGCAUGUUGGAAUGUCUAGAAAGGAGUAUCUACCUACUUCUAGGGGAUACGAUACUCAUUACGGCAUGAGGGGAGGAUUUAUUGACUACUACACUUAUAACAAAGUAGAAAGGUGGCCUGACGGCAGAAUAUUGUAUGGUAUGGAUCUCUAUGAUAACGAUAUACCUCAAGAAGAUGAGCAACGAUAUAUUUUGGAUGCUUUGACAGAUCGAGCUGUUAAAAUAAUCCAGCAUCACAAUACGACUUGCCCACUUUUCCUGCACGUUACACACAAUGCCCCACACGCAGGGAAUACCGGUGGACCACUUCAGCCGCCUCUAUACUCUCCUAUCAAGAACAAGCACAUAGCUAACUCUAAUAGACGGCUGUACGCAGAGAUAGUAAAUGGCAUCGAUCGAAGUGUCGGAAGGGUUGUACGAGCUCUAGCAGAGAAGGGUAUCCUUGACGAUACUAUAAUUAUAUUUGUUUCUGAUAACGGAGCGCCUACAGUAGGAGACAAUAAUAAUUGGGGCGUGAAUCUCCCGUUGAGAGGUAAAAAAUACACGCCUUGGGAAGGAGGAGUACGGGUACCGGCUUUCAUUUGGCAUUCGUCAUUUCAACCAAGAAUUUGGAACGGAUUGAUGCAUAUAAGUGAUUGGAUGCCUACAUUAAUUGCUGCAGCAGGCGGACAAUUUAAAGGGAAAAUUGAUGGAGUGAAUCAGUGGGAAUCUAUAAUACGAGACAGUGAAUCUAAUAGGAGGGAAGUUCUUUUGACCGUAGAAGAUAGUGAUAGGAAUGUUUACGCAGCCUACAGAGCGGGUGAUUACAAAAUCGUUGUCGGCAAUGUGUCUGGGUUGAGCAAUGAAUAUUAUGGUGCCGACCUUAUGACUAAUAAGCGACAGCCACCUGAAUAUUUUUCUUCCCUAACGUCAUGUGAAGUCGCGAGAAUGUUCGAAGGUAUGGGAAUGUAUUUGGACUAUUUCGACGUUUUUGCGAAAAGGUCUGCAUCGACAUUAAAGCAAGAAGAUCCUGUCAGAGAUCCAACGCCAUGUGUACCUUCUCCUUCUCGCGGUUGCCUGUUCAAUGUACGUCGAGAUCCUUCAGAGAGUCAUGAUCUGUGGGAUGCUGCUAAUAAAAUAGCCGUUCUUUUGACGAGUAGACUACGAGGUUUGUGGGCGUCGCAGAAGAGAAGGGGACCACCUAACCUCCAACUGCAAUCUGAUCCUGCAAAUUUCGACUAUCUAUGGACUCCUUGGAUAGUAAAAUCCGCAAGUGCAAACAAUAAUGCCAAAGUUGACAGAACAUUGUUAUUGAACCCUAAGAACACGACGAAGGCGAAUGUUAUAAACUGUAACGGAACGACUGUAAUAAGAAACUUUUUGUGUAUGCUGAGGAGUGUGUUUUAA